CAGUCGCAUGGAGGAAUGAGAAUUAUUCUAUGAGCGUAAUAAAUGGACCAGUCAUCAUUCACCCUAUCAUCUUAAAGCCAUACGUACAGGCUUGCUUGUCGGGGGUUUCAAUAGCUUCCGCACUCGAGUCAUUUUCGUUUGAUGCUGUCCACUCUUCCUUGCUGUCUCUUCAUUCACCUUUCUUGAAAGCAUGCUACACAGUGACUCACAAACUAUUCCUCCUGCCACAUCAUGACCACCGACAUACUCGCCAAUGGUGUCGACUGCGCGACGCCGAUAACAUCUGUGACUCCUUUCACGAACGGCACAAAUACCCCCGUAACCAGUGCCACAAUUGUCUUAAAGUUCGGCGGUCAGUCGAGUCGUUGGUACAACCCGCACCCAUGGCUAACACUUCUCAGGAACCAGUGUUGGCAAGUUUCCUCUGGAUAUAGUCAAUGUGGUCAAGUCGGGCGCGUUGGAGAAUGAUGUUGCGAUUGUUUGCUCUGCGGUAUGAUCACCAUGACUCAAGCGCACGCGCAGACUCCUAAUCACUUGUUCUAGAGGUCGAGCAGUACCAAAGCCGCAGGCACAACAAACCGAUUGUUACGAGCCGCCACCGAAGCAGAGAACCAUAAAGAAUUUAAACAUUUGAUAGAAGACGUCCGGUUGGACCAUGUCGUGACCGCCGAAUUCCAUAUUCAAUCAGAAAAAAUAUGCGCCAGGUUAAAAGCCGAGAUCGAAGAGGAAUGCUCUUUGGUGGUACGGAUACUGGAAGCAGCUCAGACUCUGGGUGAGACCAGCCCUAGGUCAAGAGACAAGGUCAUGAGCACAGGAGAAAAGCUGAGCUGCCGUUUCAUGGCCGCGCUGCUACAGGAUCGAGGGGUGGAAGCCGAAUAUGUGGACCUUGCCGACAUUAUCGACUUCAAGGUCUCACACAGCUUGGACCAGCACUUCUACGACAAUGUCGCCCAGAGGCUAGGGCAAAGGUUGCAGAACAUGACGGGCAAAGUUCCAGUCAUCACAGGAUACUUUGGUGCCAUCCCUCGUGGUCUACUCACGACCGUAGGCCGGGGCUACACCGACUUAUGCGCUGCUCUGGUCGCUGUUGGGAUCAAGGCCAAAGAGUUGCAGAUAUGGAAAGAAGUCGACGGCAUCUUCACGGCCGACCCUCGCAAGGUGCCCACCGCCAAGUUGAUCCCUCAGAUCAGCCCAGCAGAAGCCGCCGAGCUCACGUUUUACGGAUCUGAGGUCAUCCAUCCUUCCACCAUGGACCAAGUCAUUCGUGCACGAAUACCGAUACGAAUCAAGAAUGUCAUGAAUCCAAGAGGAGGCGGCACGGUCAUCUACCCUGACACACCGACUGAAUUGGACUCUGCGUUAGCAGGACACGAUCCCAAGCUGUUCAGGUCACGGAGUUCCACCCUACUGGUGGAGCAGAGAAAACCCAAGCGUCCGACGGCAGUCACCAUGAAGCACAAGAUCCUGGUGAUGAACAUCCAUUCCAAUAAAAGGUCGCUAUCCCAUGGCUUCUUCGCGGGCAUUUUCGCCACGUUGGACAAAUGGCGGCUGUCAGUUGAUGUCAUCUCGACGAGCGAAGUCAACAUGUCCAUGGCGCUACAUUCAGAGGCACCGUUGUAUACUGGCGGCGGUGACGACGAAUAUCAGAUUGUGGACCAGGAUCUUCGGGGAGCGAUUGAAGAGCUUCAGCGCUAUGGCACCGUCGACAUCAUACCGGAGAUGGCGAUCGUCAGUCUGGUAGGGAAACAGAUGAAGAACAUGGUGGGCAUUGCGGGCAGAAUGUUCUCGACGCUCGGCGAGAACAAUGUGAACAUCGAAAUGAUAUCACAAGGAGCGAGUGAGAUCAACAUAUCGUGCGUGAUUGAGGAGCGCGAUGCGGACCGGGCGUUGAACAUAUUACACACCAAUCUGUUCACUUUCUUGGAAUCAUGAGAGGCAUAUUUUCCAGCGAUUUAGCGAGAUAUCCAGGAGCAUUUGUGGGAGGUCUGGACAUAAGACACGUGGUAUAAACUGGCGUUUGCUAAUUAGGUGGCGCUCUUUCUGCGGGCAUAUCAAAAGGACUUGUGUCAUUGCCAAAAUUGGACGGGCAAAAAUCAUACGAAGUAUUCAAUGCUUCAUUUGAGGUGCUCCACGAUGUACGUGGGAUGAUGUCGACAGCUUACACAGCUUCCCGAGUCGGGUGAUUGGAGUGUGUAUAGUUCAAUAAGCCACAGCGGGCGACAGCUGUCAGGUUGGAUUUGAGAAGCUCCAUCCUUACGUCCACCAGCAGCAAGUGACAGUUCCGGCGUCAAAGACAUAUAGCUGAUCUAUGGAGGUGACAGCACUUGCAAUCAGGUCAGAGUCGGUCAAUUUGUGAAUGUCGGAAGAAAACUAUGUGACAAGGGAGGGGCAUUUUUGGUGAAGAAUGAUGACAGUGCACAUCAUAUCAAAUUGGAUGGUGGCGUACUACGUACUCGAAUGCUUCGCAAGACUUUCUGGAGUGCCUUGGUCAAUGGACUGGUGCCGAUUCAUGCAAGGGGAGCUCCAUCACGCUCCAUGCAAAGUCUACGGCCCGCAGUAUGCCUGAGACAGAGUCCAGGAACAAGGCCAAAGAGGGACAUUCCUGGGUACCCACGGAUCGAGAUCUGUAUGAUUGGAUGAGGGUCAUCAAGGGUGUAAGGACAAGAGGUACGAGGUAGAAGAGGGCAGCUGAGGCCGACCCAUUGUCAUACUCCAGCAAAGGUGAGAACGGAGAAGGCCUCCGUCACGCAUCCGUGGCGCCCAAAUUCCUUUCUUUUUUCUGUUCGUUCGUCUCCCGUGAUCUGGGAACACGACCGUGUCAAUGACCCGAGCCACUAGUCCCAA